AUCCCAAAGGCUAAAAAAGGGCAAGUUUUACACCAGAUCGUAGCAGCUAAAAGAGCAAACUUUAAGAGAGAGAGUGAACCAAAUCUCAGUCACCGGAGCUCCGAUCACCAGAAAACAGGAGAGAGAAAAUGAACACCGACAUUACAGCAUCCACAAAGCCCGAAUUCACAGUAGUUGAUCGAAACCCACCUUUCACCAAAGUCGUCGGCAAUUUCAGCUCCCUCGAUUACCUUCGUUUCGUCACUAUUACCGGAGUUUCAGUCACUGUUGGCUAUUUAUCUGGGAUUAAGCCUGGAAUUAAGGGACCUUCAAUGGUGACGGGCGGGCUUAUCGGGUUGAUGGGCGGGUUCAUGUAUGCUUACCAGAACUCUGCUGGCAGACUCAUGGGGUUCUUUCCUAAUGAUGAUGAGGUAGCUAAGUACAAGAAGCAGCUUAAUCAGUGAUUUUUAUUUUAUGAAAAUGGGAAAUUUGUGGAAUUUAUGAUAUAUUUUGGUCAGUUUUUUAGGGGGAGUUUGCUUUAAUUUUGCAAUGAUAAUUAAUCUCAAGAACAUUUUUGCUGGGGUUUUAAUUGAAAUAAUGUUCCCUAUUGUUGUCAUACUGCAAACCCUUGUUCAUUUUGAGAUAUUUCUGAGGUGGGAUUGUUGUCCAAGUGUUGAUAUUGAUGAAAGAAAAUGUUUCAUUGGAUUUAAACAGUUGGUUUGAUUUACUUAGGAAACUUUUUAA